CGGAGCGUGCGCUCUGGGUCGCACUCCCCGAGGAGCCAAUCUUGUGGUCCUUCCUUGACCAGGCUUGUGGUAGAUCACUACUGGGGAGUGCGUCGUCUCCCCUGGUGAGCGAGCGAGCGAGCGAGCAGAGUGCAAUUUAUCUUUGCCACUUUCGCACGCCGCAUCUGCUGCUGCGCAUAACCAGAGCCAUCAUCAUUCUGCUGACUGAUUGACUGACUGACUGACUGAAUGACUUCGCAUUUCUUGACUCUCGUCACCUUAUUGCUUAUUGCUUUUUGAUUUUUUUGUUUUGCUUCGCUUCAGUCCACGUGAAAAAACGAGUGCUCGAUGGAUUUUUGAGGUGAACAGAAUCGGCUGCGGGGAUUGUGAUCGAGGAGCUUACCUUGGUGUUUGGAGCGGGGGGGAAGUGGAAUGACGAUUCUGGUUGUAUUGCGUGUAGCUUGAUAUCUGUAGCAUUUGUUUUUGUUUGAGAGUUGGGAAAUUUCGGUGGGCGGUGGUGGUGGUGGAGGAGAGGAAACGAUCUUUCGUUCGGGGUGGACAUCUUGGGUUGGACAAGAGGUGGCGGCGUUGCCUGCUGGGCGAGCUCUCCACGGAGGAAGCUUUUGUUGCCACCAUUGCGGUCUGGUGGCGUUGCACAAGAAAAAAGGCACGGAUUGCUUUUCUUGUUGUUGUUAGUUUUGUGCUACUCGUUGCUUCUCUUCUUUUCGUUUCUUCUCGGCCCGAGUGCAACCAUACGGCAUUUUUGUCUGUUUGGAGCAAGUAGUGUUUAUUAUCUGUAUCGGGUGGUUAUCUUGAUUAGCGACUCGAGAUGCAAUGCGCAUGUUUCUGCUUGAAGCGGUAGCGUAGCUGUUUACGCUUAGCUAGCUGGAACCAGCGUGGAAUGUCUAAGAUAACCUCAGGGCCUGUUACGUGGUUAAUUUUGGAUUGUUCGAUCAUAGCCCACCUAGUUCUCGUUGGUUUCUUCACCUAGGCCGAUGCUCUCUGUCUAAUUUACCAGUCUUUGUGAGGACUGUGAAAGCCGUUCGAUUGAAGAGCAGAAGUUGUGAAGUCGCUGUAAGUUCGAAGCUUUGCUAGCUAUUAUCUGCUCACAGGGAGGUUUGCAAAGCGCUUCUCCCGAGACUUCGUCUUCGGCUUCGGUUUCCUCGUUGGGAUGGCCGUUCGGUCUUCCCACGUGUAUGGACAUCCACACGCCUGGUCCCGAAGAUCAGCUUGCGCCUUGUCAAACCCCUAUUGCAUUCCAUCAGCAAUUCAUGAACCUUCAGACCACCUUCUUGCUCCCUUUCUUCUCCGAUGUGGAUGCGUCGUCAAACUCCGACACAGACUCACGACUUUCCGAAGCAGCCUCCUCGUUUUUUAAAGAUUCGCGGAGGAUCACCCUCGGCAGCCUUAUCAGCUUACCCAUGGACACGUCGUUCCGCACCAUGUACCCAGACACACAUUACCAUGUCUUUACGGACAGGAGACGGAACCACUUGCCGUCUUGUGGGAUCCUCGAGCUACUUGGAUGCUGCCGAAAUGCGGAAUCCUCCAGGUUGCACGAGUUUGAUUUCUCCGAACUGGAGGGAGAAGUAGCUGACUCACACUCUGUGGCAGCCGUUUCUACGUCUCUGGCGGCUUACCUUCAGCUAGCGGCCUCAAAUUCUCCCGACGCAGCUCGUACCAGCGCCCCGUUCGAGGAUGCCCUAUCGACUGGUAGCCGCAGCCCGGACUGGAACGAUCAAUUCAUCUCCUGCCACAGCAUCCUUUCCGACGGCGAAUGGACCGGCAAGGAUAUGGGUGAGCGCAUCGCAAAUCCAGUGUCAAGUACCUCUGCGAAGCCAUCGCCAAGACAGACUCGUAAGUCGACUCCUCAUUCCCCUAGAAUGCAACGAAGCUCAAGCAUGAAGUCGUUUUUCUCUUCCAUUUGCUGCCGAAUAGACACCGCAAAAGCACCGUGAUGUAUCAUUUCUAUUUCCUCACCAUUCUCUUACAUUCUUCUUCCUACUAUCGUGGAAGGUUCAAAUUCGAGCCCUGAGAUCUGUGCAUAUUUCGCUUUAAGCAGUUGUAAUUGGUGUCGAAGUGAUUAGGUUCAGACAUUGCAAUUAUAUACAGUUACUUGUAUAAACGACUUCAAGAGAUCAUUAAGUGUUUAUCGAUAGUACUUUGAUCAGAGGUGCUUCGGAAUUGUCUACUGGCUCACUGUGUGCAAGCUAUGACGAUUUAUUUAUUUUACUUUUAUUUUUUUGAGAAUGUGACUAGGAAUAAUAUUCCUGUCCUAGAGGUUUUGCAAAGCUGUUGACGCUGAA